AUGGCUCCCGAACUCAGGAAAAGAAAGCAGGCUCCUGAGCCUGCUAAGCCCGCUCCCAAGGUUGAGAAGCCCGCUCCCAAGGUUGAGAAGCCCGCGGGCAAGGGCAAGCGCAAGGCUGCCGAACAAGCUUCUCCCGCUUCCGCAAAGAAGUCCAAGCCCGCCAAGGAAGCCCCGGCACCAAAGCCUGCUCCAAAGAAGACCACGAAAGCCAAGGAAGAGACCCCGAAGACAAACGGCAAGAAGAAGCCCGCAGCGCCGGUCGAGGAGCCCGCCGAGGAGCCCGCCGACGGUGAAGAGGAGGAUGAAGAGGAGAACAACGACGCUCUAGUCCUCGCUACCGAGCUUGACUCGGGCGACGACGAGGCCGACGGUGUGACGCUCUUCGAGGAAGGCCAGGACGUCGGCACGAUCCCCAGCGUCUCCAAGGCCGUCCGCGAGGGCGUGACAAGCGAGGCCGCCAGCGGCGAGCGGGGCGUCGUCUACGUCGGCCGCAUCCCGCACGGCUUCUACGAGCACGAGAUGCGCCAGUACUUUUCGCAGUUCGGCCCCAUCUCUCGCCUGCGACUGUCGCGCAACAAGAAGACGGGCGCCAGUAAGCACUUCGCCUUUGUCGAGUUCACCGAGCGCAGCACGGCCGAGGUCGUCGCCAAGACCAUGGACAACUACCUGCUCUUCGGGCACAUCCUCAAGUGCCAGGUGGUGCCACCCGCGCGCGUCCACGAGGCGCUCUUCAAGGGCGCCAACCGCCGCUUCAAGAAGGUGCCGUGGACGAGUAUGGCGGGCCGCAAGCUCGAGAAGCCCCGCUCCGAGUCCGCGUGGGGGCUCAAGGUCGAGCGCGAGACCAAGAAGCGCGCCGACAAGGCGGCGAAGCUCAAGGCCCUGGGAUACGAGUUCGAGGGACCCGAGAUCAAGGCUGUCCCUGCACCCGGCGCCCCCGCGGCGGAGGAGAAUGCUGCUACGGAGAAUGGCGAUGCCGUCGAGACCAAGGAGGCUAUUGAAGCUGCUCCCGUCGAGGAGCCCAAGGUAGAGGAGCUCAAGGUGGAAGAGCCCAAGGCGAAGCCUACCAAGGCGACAAAGGCCAAGGGCGGCAAGGCCAAAAAGGCUAAAGCCUAA